AGAUGUAUUAUUGUAUGUGUGCAUGUUUGUGUGUGUAUGCCUUUCUUACAGAGGGAGGAGGUGAAUAUUCCCCACCCACCUCUAGUAUCCAUUUAAUGUGCACAUUCACUUCUAUAUUUCCCUUUCUGUGUAUUUGCCAGUAAAUACCAUCGUAUCCCUCAUACAAAGCACACACAGGAUAUAGGGCUCCAUCAGUGUGUGUGAUCAGCUCUGGAGGAAACAAAAAUGAAAACACAACAACAAACAUGGAAAGGGAAAAUUACAUUUUAAAUAAGCUUUUGGUUCCUUAUCCGGGGACUAGGAUGCAGGUUGUGAUUGGCUAGUGGAGUCACAUGGUGAAAGUAACUUUACGGGGUCGCCAGCUAGUAGGAGGGCUUUAUGGAGCAGAAAAACGACAAAGCGAGAAAAAUUAUUUUCCACUCCAGAAAUUAAUGAUCAUGAGUUCGUAUUUGAUGGACUCUAACUACAUCGAUCCGAAAUUUCCUCCAUGUGAGGAAUAUUCGCAAAAUAACUAUAUCCCAGAACACAGUCCGGAAUUUUAUAGCCGGUCCAGGGACCCUGGAUUUCAGCAUCAUCACCAGGAACUGUACCCUCCAAGAACAACCUACCCUGAGCGCCAGUUCAGCUGUGCCAGCAUCCAGGGGCCAGGAAACCCAGCCACACACACCAGGGUCCAUGGGCAACCUCAGAGCAACCACCACCUUGUAGGCAAAGCCCAGAUCUGUGACCUUCCAACCCCUUCUCUACCUACCAACACUACCACCUCUGCCACUCCAUCCCCAGCACCCCCAGUCUGCAACCAGCCAAAUCCUGAGCAUCCUACCAGCACAGCCACCAAACAGCCCAUAGUCUACCCCUGGAUGAAGAAAAUACACGUCAGUACUGUGAACCCUAAUUAUACUGGGGGUGAGCCCAAGAGAUCCAGAACUGCUUAUACCAGACAGCAAGUCUUGGAACUGGAGAAAGAAUUUCACUAUAACAGAUAUCUAACCAGGCGAAGGCGCAUUGAAAUAGCCCACUCCUUGUGCCUUUCGGAAAGGCAGAUCAAGAUCUGGUUUCAGAACAGGAGGAUGAAAUGGAAAAAAGACCACAGAUUACCUAACACAAAAGUCAGAUCCUCUACCUCCUCCAAUGCGCCCAGCAGCAUCAUUGCCUCCAAUUCUGCACCCAACGAGGAUCUAACGCAAAGCUCAGCUCAGGACCAGCGGGAGGAUAUUACAAGGUUAUAAAUACACUACCAAUAAACAAAACAAACAAAAAAAACUACACACAAAAGACUGAGUAUUUAUAGAAUCUAAUAAUAAUUAUAAUAUAUAUAUUUUUUGGUUCUUGUCGUUUUUUUUUGUAUUUUUUUUCCUUGUGCGUUGGAAAAAAAUAGGUCUCAAACAGGCUUUAAAUGCAUGUCACAGUGCAUGGGAUCAGGUUUUUUUUUUGUCAAGUGUUGUUUUAUGUUUGUCUGUUUGUUUUAUGGCAGUUUUGUCCUAAUUUAUUUUCCGAGGGGAGGUAGGAUGUUUCAAUUUUAAAUGAUUUUCCUUAAAAAAAAUAAACAGGGUUUGCCAUUUCCCCCCCUUUUAAAUAUUUAAAAUAAUGAUUGUUAACCAUGCUAGAACAAACCCCACAGAGGCGAAGAAUUAUUAUUAUUUUUUUUGUAUACAACAAUAAUAAUAUUAAUAAUAAUCCUGUUAUUAUGUGAUCAGCUUCUAAGUAGCAGCACAUCAAAUGCAGAAUCUGUCUAAAUUCAAGGCAAUUCCAUUCUGUGACAAUAUUAAAGACUAGAGUUUCUCAGUCGGUAGAUAGAUCCCUUUUGCUGUUGUUACUGUGUUUCAUCAUUUUUUUUAUUUUUUUUUUUUUGGUAAAGACUACACUGUAAAAAAAAUGCUAUGAACAGUCCUAGUGUAAUGUGACCGUAUAUUUGUUCAAUAAAACAGUAAGUGUGUUUUAGUUUAA